CUCUAUUUUUUUUUUCAAUCGGGGUUCGUGACGACCGUCUGCGUGCAGAUUGUAGCCUAGGAAUACUCACGAGGUAUCUGGAAGAACGAGUUUCAGCGAACACAAGACAUGCAAUGUAUACCACUUUAACCCUUCAGCGUGUAAGAUCAUGUUAUUAGAUCAUAAUAUGUUAUCAGAAUAUUAUCAACGGAACAUUCGAAUACUGAUGUAACAAUAACUACUGGUAAAUGAGAGCAACUGAAUUCUAGAACACUGACACAGAAUUCAACAUUGAACAACAUUCUAAAAAACCGACUAUUCAAAGGGUUAAAGGUGACGUUGCUUCCUCAUUUCCGCAACUUCCUGAAACAUUCUUUAAAUACAUCUACAUAAGUGAUCUUGCGGCUCCAUGCAACAACGGGAUACCAGAGCCCGACUCCCGAACGCGCGCAGUCAUGCUCUAGGCUGGUCAAGAUUCCAGAAUGAAUCACUUUACUUUCAAAAUAGUACAUAGGCUAUACUGUAGUUUGAGAAUUUGCGGGGAUCUGCCCCAAUAGAAGUAUACCAUCAUAAAGACCAACUCGAAGCAUUCUGCACAGGCAUCUGAAAAUGGCUUUGUCUGCUGUGGAUGACCAGAAUUAUGAGGACUGGAUGUCAACACUCUCGCCAAAACUGUUGGACAUCCCCCUCUACAACCUUGCCAUUCCAGGCAGCCAUGAUGCUAUGAGCUAUUGCCUCGACAUCACUUCCCCUUUGGUGAGAUCUGAGUCGGACUCGUUCAGACUGGUGGACAAGUUCUUCUACUGCCUCACACGUCCCAUCAUCUACAGAUGGGCAACAACACAGGAGAGAGAUGUUGUGGAACAGCUGAAGGAAGGAAUUCGAUACUUUGACCUCCGGAUUGCCUCCAAACAACAACAAGAUCCCUUUGACAAACUGUACUUCACUCACGUCAUCUACACGUCAUCGACAGUGCUGGAAACUCUGGAGAAAAUUGCAGCAUGGCUUGACUCCCACCCAAAGGAGGUUGUUAUUUUAGCAUGCAGCCAUUUUGAAGGCCUAAGUGAAGAGCGUCACGAGAGGUUCAUUUUUAAUUUGAAGAGGAUUUUUGGCCAAAAGCUCUGUCCACGUACGGGCUCUGACCUGACCCUGAGGGGUCUGUGGGGGUCGCGGUACCAGGUCGUGCUGUCCUACGAUGACGACGCCGUCGCGAGUCACCUGGAACUCUGGCCAGGCAUUCCUUAUUGGUGGGCCAACAAGCGGACCGCGCCAGAAGUGGUUAGCUACCUGGACCAGCAGAAGGAGAAGGGACGGCCAGAGGAGUUUUUCGUGGCGGGUCUGAACCUGACGGCGGAAAGGCGCUACAUGGCGCUGCACAGUUCCCUGCGGAAGCUCACCCUGGAGAACGAGGCGUGUCUGAUGGACUGGCUGCAGCUCCAGAGCCCCGGCACGCGCUCCGACAGCCUCAACGUCGUCGCCGGAGACUUCGUGGGGACCGUCCCCUUCUGCGGCCUCGUGAUCGCACUCAACGAAAAACUGGCCCGGACUGCGUGCGCCGAGCCCGUCCCGUAAGCCCAGCGACUCCCGACCCUGUUCCUGUAGGUUUGCACUGCAACCCCAACAGAGCACACCUCAUUCAACAGCUGGAUAUCUCAUUGAGCUGCUACUCAGGUGUGCCAAAUUAGGGUAGAACUCAAAACCUACCGGUUGGUCGAUAAUCCAGUAACAGGGUUGGGAACCACUGCUGUAGACAGAGCCUCAUUCUGUGUCUUACUAAGGACUGAAGAGCCUGCUUUCUGCUUAAUGUCCUAUAACGAAGGGUGGAUUUCUUUUGGGUGUUUUCAGGUUGUAUUCAGGCACUGGCACUCAGUAGAUUUUAUAGCUCGUUUUCCAUAUCUGCAGCUGAUUAACAUCUUGAUGAUGAAAUGAUCUAUUCCAUUCCCUUCCAUUCUUAUCCAUUGCUGUUCAGAAGAAUCUGACUAUCCUGCUAGUUUCAGCGCAGCUCAUCACAAUGACCAGAAGAACAAUAUAUUUUAUCUAUGCAGCAAAUUGUGAGAUGCGUUUCUGCUCUUUUCAAUGUUGUAAUGUGGUAGAAAUCAAUGGAGUGGGUCAUAUUCCAAAAUUAAUACUACCUCUAAUGU